UCGGACUGGUGUUAUAUCUACGUUGGCAAUCUGAACAAGGAGAUCACCGAGAGAGACUUGGCACGGACGUUUAGACGUUUUGGACAUGUCCAUCACGUGGAGAUACGUGUUACGCAGGGUUGUCCUUACAUUGAUAAUGAACGUCCAAACCUUCAAAGCCCGCGAUAUGCGACGAUCGAGUUCUACUCCAUCGGCGCGGCUCAACGUGCGCUGGAUCUCAAUGGGUAUUCUCUGUUGGGCACGAAGCUAGCGGUG